AUGCUAUUGUUUCCUGGCUUGAAGCCUGUUCUUAAUGCUUCCACUGUCAUUGUAAAUCCUGUACGAGCUGUUUUUCCAGGAUUAGUACUUUCAACCAAAAGAUCCUUUUAUAGCAUUAAUCGUUUAAAUGCUGAAAAUAAAAUAAACGAUAUUGCAAAUACGUCAAAAGAGGCAUCCUCUUCAGUGCAGAUGUUUAAGCCCCCAGAGUUCUCUCAAUUUAAGGACUCUUAUCAAAAAGACUAUGAGAGAAUAGCAAAAUAUACUUUGAUUCCAUUAACAAUGGUACCUUUUUAUGCCUCCUUUACCGGCGGGGUUAUAAAUCCUUUACUCGAUGCGUCUUUAUCGUCCAUUUUUUUGAUAUAUUUACAGUAUGGCUUCACAAGUUGUAUUAUUGACUAUAUACCGAAGGAAAAGUAUCCAAGAUGGCAUAAGCUCGCCCUUUAUUGCCUCUAUGGAGGAUCCAUGUUGUCCCUGUACGGUAUCUACGAAUUGGAAACGAAAAAUAAUGGUUUUGUUGACCUGGUAAAGAAACUUUGGAAUGAAAAUGAUGACCAUUUGUAUAUAUUUGGAAGAAACUGA